GAGAUUGGAGCUAAGCUAGCAUUCGCCAAGAGCAAUUGGCUUUGCUGAAAUUAAAAUUCUGAAAUAGUUCGUCUGAUAUAUAAAAAUAAUCAAUAUGGAUGAAAAUAAAACAAUAACAUUAAGUCAAACGGAGCUUAAUCAGUUAAUAGAGAAAGCAAUUGUUGAUGCUAUAGAAAAACAAACAAAAACUAAAGGAAGUUUUGCGAAUUGUCAUAUAUCAUUCGAGGGUAAACGUGAUCAUGACACUGUCGAAGAGUUCAUAAGUAAUGUGGAAACAUAUAAAGAAACGGAGCAGAUCAGCGAUGAAGAUGCUUUGAAAUGCUUACCUUUGCUUUUCAGUGGUAUCGCCUCAAUUUGGUGGCAGGGCAUAAAAAAAGAAGUGCUAACAUGGAACCAAGGUAUGGAACUUUUGAGGAAGCAUUUUUCACCAGCGAAAGCACCGUUUCAAAUUUAUUUUGAAAUUUUCCAAAAAUGUCAGGACGAAAAUACUCCUAUUGACACGUUUAUAUGCAGAAAACGAGCUUUAUUAUCACAAUUGCCAGCAGAUCGUCAUGAUGAAGAAACAGAACUAGAUCUAAUAUUUGGCUUGAUAAAUAUAAAAUAUAGAAAAUAUAUAAAACGCAGUUCGGUUAAAAAAUUUUGUGAACUACUUGAAGAAGGACGAUUAAUAGAGAGCAAUGAAACUGAAGCUAAAGCUGCAUAUAACCUCAAAGUAAAAACUACAAAACGUUGCAGUAAUUGUCAUUUUCGUGGGCACUCAGCUGAAGACUGCCGGAAAAGAUUGCAGCCAGGUAAAGACAAAGAUAAUAGUGACAAAACAAAUUAAACAAAAAAAAAUAAUAGUAUUAAAUAAUAUUAAAAU